AUGAGUUCAGUGCCUCUCCACCCUCCAUCUCCUCGUGCAAUUCUCUCUCACCCCCCUCUCCUGCAGCUCUCCCGUCUGCACACUCUGGUGGACGAGGUGACAGAGGCGUACAUCGCAUAUGAGUUCAACGCUGCAGGGCGGCGCAUCUAUGACUUUUUCUGGAGCGACUUCGCUGACUGGUACAUUGAGGCCAGCAAGACCCGCCUCUACAGUGGCUUCCGCUCCUCCAGCAGCAGCAGCGGUGAAAGCAGCAGCGAGAGUGGGAACGAAGGGCAGGCGAAGGAGUCCCAAGGCGCACCAGCAGACGAGGCGCAGCAGCAGGCGCAGGCAGUGCUGGCAUACGCGUUUGACUCCGUGCUGCGCCUGCUGCACCCCUUCAUGCCCUUCGCCUCAGAGCAGCUCUGGCAGGCGCUGCCCCACCCACCUUCCCUGCCCUCGCUCAUGCUCGCCCCCUGGCCCGCUUCUGGGCUUCCACGGGAUGCUCAAGCACUGGAGGAAUUCGAUGAUCUUCAAGCACUGGUGCGGGCCAUUCGCAAUGUGAGGGCAGAGUACUCAGUGGAACCUGCUAAGAAGAUUGCUGCUACUGUCGUCGCUGCACCCACCCUCUCUCCCGCCAUUCAGGGUGAGAGGGACGUGCUUGCACUGCUGGCUCGAGUCGACCCUGCCUCUCUGCAAAUUACAUCAGCACAACCAGAUGCGGCUGCCGCAUCAGCAUGUGUGCAUGUGGUGGCAGCAGAGGGACUGGAGGCAUAUCUGCCCAUAGCGGACAUGGUGGACGUGAGCAAGGAGCUGCAGCGCCUGGGCAAACAGCAGGCCAAGCUCACAGCCGACCUCAACUCCUGCCGCUCGCGCCUCUCCUCCAAAAAGUUUGUGGACAAGGCGCCAGCAGCAGUGGUGGAUGGAGUCAGGAAGCAGGCGGAGGAAGCGGAGGAGAAACUAGCUCUUGUUAACAGGCGCUUGGAGCAGCUGCAGGGCAUGGCGGCCACCACUGCUGCCACCUCCGCGUGA